AGUUAAUGAUCGUAUUUGCCAUCUGCACUUCUUUAGUUUUGGUAGCUGGUCAAAAUUUCUUAUUCGGCACCUUGCCCAACCGACAAAUCAAUUUCAAUACUUUGGAUUUCCCACAACCCACACAAGUGAGAGAUCCUAGACAAAAUAGAGGACCCGUUGUCUUCCCCCCAUCUCCACCAGACGCAAUUGAUGAAUCCAGUGGUGUGAUUGUAGGAGCCUCAGGUUAUGGUUUUGUACCACCCCAACAAAGAACAUCAUAUUUUACAUCGGCUUAUCGAUCGAAUGGACCCACAUCAUAUGCUGAAUUUAACUAUUAUAAUUUUCCGUAUUUACAACGAUUUACAUUUUAGUUUUAAACUGAAAUCAACAAUAUGAACCG